UAAAAUUUUAAAAACAAUCUUCCUAAUUCUUUCUACAGUGGAAUUGACAAAGAAAAAUAUAAAUUAUGGAUGAUCAAGGAUUAGAUAUAAUUUACGUGGCGCAUGAGGAAGAAGCCGCGGAAUAUUGGAACGAUACCUUGAAUCCCAUGAAACAAUGGACGAGUAAUUUGCAAGAAAAUCAAUCCAUCGUUAAGCAUUAUGGAACUGAGGGCGGUCGUUCUGCCGCAAAGAUAAACGCGGCCCUAACGAUAUACUUCAUAGGGUACGGUCUUUCGAUCAUUUGCCUCUCCACGGCUUUCUUUAUCCUCUUAUCCUACAAAAAGCUAAGAUGUUCCCGCAACAAAAUACACUCCCAUUUGAUAAUGUCAUUCCUGCUGAGCGAGAUUUGUUGGCUGCUGUUUUACGAGGUCUUCAGACACCGCACUGCCAAAGCAGGACACAAGAUUAUAUCUAUAUCUCAAUUGUUAGCGGAAUUGAAACAACCUUAUCAGCCGCGCCCUUACCAUUUGUCCAAAAUUUCGAUUUGCAACACCUUAUCAACAUUCUACAUCUACUUCCACACUACGACAUUCUUUUGGAUGUUCGUGGAGGGCGUAUACCUCUACCAGGUUUUGAUAAUUGACAUUCCGGGGAAAGUGUUCUCCAUGAAAUAUUACUACAUCAUUGGAUGGGGCCUACCAUUUGCAUUUGCUGUGAUUUGGUAUUUGACGAACAAGAUAAUGUACCACCAUGCAUGCGUUCUAAUCUUGAAGAUCAAUCUUCUGCAUUACAUUUAUGUCGUGCCAAUAUUCAUCGUCCUUCUAGUUAAAGCAGUAAUAUGGAAACAUCUAAAGUCUUGUAGGGAGUCCAAAUGUUUGUGUCCAUCUUGCCGAAGCCGGCUUAGCAUCGAUCCCUUGAAAAACUCUAAGAUAGACUCCCCAGAUUACCAUCCAAUAGUGCAUCACGGUUCAAUAGGUUCAGCAACUACUGAAGAACAAAAAGGGUGCGCUCUUAUACCCUUAUUGGCCCGUAGAAUUCAUCAUUCCGACAAAAACAAAAAUUCUAAGCAAAAAUUCGCAAAGUCUAACAAAGACAAACAUUCAAUAAAUAUAAUUAUUAACCCCGCCUUCCCAACGAAUAUUAAACUUGUGAUAGAAGGUUCAGAAGAAAAUUGA